AUGUCGAAGCCCAGAGUCCUCCAACUGGGCCAAAUCGAGCAGUACGUCUCCUCCCCUCCGUCUCAGAACCUUGCCAGUUGCGUCUCAUUCUCCCAUCCAUCAGGCUUCAGCCUCAUCUUCAACCGUCUUCUGUUCCCCGACCCUCCCAUCUCUCAAUCCCUCACCAUAUCAACCAAGUACAUCAAAGCAAAAGCUAACAGGCCAACUCCAAGCGCCCACGACACCUGGGCGUCCCUCGCCGACGUCGCGGAAAUCAUCAAGCCCAAGGCGACCAACCGCGCCGAGUUUCUGGAAGAGUGCAAGUCCGGCGCCCUGGACGGCGUAAAGGCAAUCUACCGCACGUUCUCGAGCGUCCAUAUCACCGGCCGGUUCGACGCCGAGCUGAUCGCGGCUCUUCCCUCCAGCGUGGAUUUCAUCUGCCACAAUGGCGCCGGUUACGACCAAAUCGACAUACCCUCCUGCACAUCCCGCUCCCCAACCUCCCCAAUCCUCGUCUCAAAUACUCCCACCGCCGUCGACGACGCCACAGCCGACAUCAACAUCUGGCUCAUGCUCGGCGCCCUCCGCAACCUCAACGCCUCCAUCUUCUCCAUUCGCGACGGUAAAUGGAGGGGAACCCAGCCCCCUCCCCUCGGCCGCGACCCCCAGGGCAAAAUCCUGGGCAUCCUCGGCAUGGGCGGCAUCGGACGCAACAUGGCCAAGAAGGCAAGAGCAUUCGGCAUGACGGUGCGGUAUUUCAACAGGACGAGGCUUGCGGCGUCGUUGGAAGAGGAAUGCGGCGCCGUGUACGUCGACUUUGAUACGUUGUUGAAGGAGAGCGAUGUGAUUUCCCUCAACCUGCCUCUCAACGCCCACACCCGCCACAUAAUUUCCACCCCCCAGUUCGACCUCAUGAAACAAGGCGUGGUGGUAGUCAACACAGCCCGCGGCGCCGUCAUGGACGAAGCCGCCCUCGUCGCGGCCCUCGACGCGGGAAAAGUCGCCAGCGCGGGUCUCGACGUGUUCGAGAAUGAGCCCGAGGUCCACCCGGGCCUGCUGGCGAACCCCAACGUGCUCAUCGUGCCGCACAUGGGCACCUGGACGCUGGAGACGAGCGUCAAGAUGGAAGCGUGGGCGAUUGGCAACGUUCGGAGGGCGGUGACGGAGGGGAAACUGGAUAGCGUCGUUGUUGAGCAGAAGGGGCUGGCUGCGUAG